AUGACGCCAAUCCUCGAAGAAGAACUCAAGGACAGCAUUCAGAUGGCUGACGAGGAAUACUUCCAGAGGGUGGUGGUCGGUCGAGUCCAUUCGUCCGUGCGUGGCACGUCCGAGUCCUCUAUCAAGGCGUUUGUGGAGCAACAUCCCCAAUACGAUUGCAAACGGAAGAGUUGGAAGGGAGUGUACAAACGCCCCGAAGCAAAGCUCUACAGCCCUUUCUGCGAGCUUUUUGAAUCUGUCAUUGAAGACUUCAAGAUCGAAAAUCGUGCCGUUAUAGACACCCACAAGACGGAAGUACACCAUCGUGAGGGCUCUGAGAGGCUAGGAAACAAUGAUGUCAAGACAUCUCCUGACCUCUUUGUAUUCGGCAAGGGGUCCAACUUCCAUUCCGAGAAAAUCGACCCAUCUCCUCAAGCAAACUACACCUAUUGCGCAUCGCCAUGCGAAGUCAAAACGGAGCAGAAUCUGAAAGAGGGCAUCGUGACUCAGGUCGGCGUAUAUGCACGCCAAUGUUUCAUCCAGCAGGGCAACCGCAAAUAUGUCUACUCUCUUGUCAUGACUGAGAAGCAGGCCUUUCUCUUACAGUUCGACCGGAAUGGCGUGUUUCGCAGCCUACCGGUAGAUAUCCACAAAGAACCUGAGAAAUUCGUCUAUUUCAUUCUCCUCGUCUGCUCUCCGGACCCUUCAGUUCUUGGUUUCGACACCAACAUCUAUUGGCGCGGGGACAAGCGCUAUAUUGAAAUGUUUGAUACGGACGACACGGACACCCGCGCUCGGAUUGAAUAUGAAAUCCUUCGUGUAGAUGGGCGUCCAUUCAUCUUUCGACGCAACAUUCGUGGCCGUGGUACGGUUUGCUGGAAGGUCAAAGACCCAACCGGCAAAGUGCGCAUUAUCAAAGACUCGUGGCAGGCUGACGGGCGCGCACUCGAGAAGGAUUUGCUUAAGAAGGUGCAAGGUCUCAAGGGAGUUGGCCAGAUGGUCGCUUGUGAGGAUGACCGACCAUCCAUCGAGGUUCUGAGAGGAAUGGAGGGCCAUGAUCUGCCUGAUGGGAUCUCUGACCGUUUCCCCCGGCGUCUUGUCCUUGAAGCAUACGGCAACACCAUUGAUAACUUCACCAGUCGCACACAAUUCCUGUGCGCUUUCCGCGAUGCUGUGGCAGGCCACCAAAACAUGUGGAACAAGAAUAUCCUUCACCGCGAUAUCAGCACCAACAAUAUCCUUAUCGGCGAAGACGAUGCGGAGGACGGCAAUAGAGGUGUGGUGAUCGACUUGGACAUGGCGGUCGAACUGCCCCGCUUGGCAAGUUUGGCUGGGGUUGACUUUAGAACGGGAACGAAAGCUUUCCAGUCCAUCGCGGUCAUUGCUAGUGCGGAGGCUCGAGCAAAGGGUAGAAAGUGCCCCUCGCAUGACCAUCUCGACGACCUCGAGUCAUUCUUCUAUGUAUUUUGCUGGAUCUGUAUGGGCUACACCGCAAUAGGCCUCCCUCUCGACCCUCCUCCAGAUAUUCACACUCGUUGGGAAACCCUGGACGAGCCUAACCUUGCGGUGAGCAAGGAACAUUUCAUCCUCGUACCACAUGGCAGGGGAAGCGAGACAGAUGAGGUCACUCAAAAUUUCGGCCAGCUCUUUCAAGACGUCCUGGACGCAUACCGGUCCUUCUUGGCACCGCACAUCUCCCGCAAGAGCAAGCGAGACUUGAAACCUCAAAUCCUUGAAGAGCUACAAUCUUCUUCGAAGACUGACUAUGCAACUGUCUUAACAAUUCUAGAUACCGCCAUUACGAAGUUGAAAGAGGAGGAAACAGAAGAAGAGAGUGAGAAGAGACGAAGCCUCCAAGCGCUCAUCCUUGGGAGGCGUCCAUCGCCAAUGCCGUCGCCGCCUCGAGGCCCUUCAUCCCCUUCCGAAGGCCGAUCUUCUAGCCUCAAGCGUGGUCGGAACGAUAGGGGCGACGCAACUGUUGAUGACGAUGUACCACCACCGAAGAGGCCUCAAUCAAAUUCAGUAUCAAGGACAGUUUCUACAGCAAGCGAAUCUCGAAUGCAGACGCGAUCUCACCCAAUGCAGUCCGGAGAGGGAAAGGGCCGUUUACGCGGUCGCGCAGCAGCGAGGGGCAAGUAG